UAGGGCGGGGCGGAGAGAGUGAAUUGCACGCGGGGGUGGAGGACGAGCCACAUGGCAUUGGUGCCAAGAGCGGAGAUGGCGGGGCAGUUUUUCCGAGGCGCGCAACAACCAACGCGCACCGCUCCAGUCUACAAGUCCGAGUCGCAAUGGCGAGCGUAGCUAAAGCCGGGAGCGAACCCGCAACAAACCCGCGGGGCAUCCCCGUAGCUCCGUUUAUCGACAGGGUGGAAGACUAUGUGACGGACCGCUCCGAGGUGGAAACCACCAUAAACAACUUCAAGGAGAUGAUCUCAAAGUACCAGUUCAUGCAGCAAAACACACAAAGACGAGCGGCAGGCCUCAAGGACAAGAUCCCCGAUAUCCAAAAGACGCUCGAAACCGUCCGCUUCCUCAAGUCCCGAAAAGAUGACGCAGAGCCUCUGGAAACAACCUUUGAGCUGAACGAUACCCUGUAUGCCAAAGCAGAGGUCCCGCCCACGGAUGAAGUGUACCUCUGGCUCGGUGCCAACGUCAUGCUUGCGUACCCCUUGCCAGAGGCUGAGGAGCUGCUGCAGUCAAAGUUGUCCACGGCAAAGCACAGUUUAAGCACUUGUGAGGAGGAUCUGGAUUUCCUCAGAGAGCAAAUUACGACACUUGAAGUCGCAUUCGCAAGAGUCUACAACUGGGAUGUUGCGCAGCGGCGGAAGGAGAGGGAAGGAGGCGACUCAAUAGAGGACAAGAAGCGUGGAUCGCCGAAUGGAUAAGGACUAGGCCGAGCUGGGCUCUGUUAGAUUUAUUCUUGAGCCUGCGUGGACAAAGACUCAUGGGGUUCACUGGCUACAAGCCCUUGUACAAAAGGCUAGAAACAAUCUGAGAACGACGAAAAGAAGAUACCUCAUCAUGUUUCUUUCAUUAACCACACAAGAACAAGGCAAUUUAUUCAGUCAAAGUCUGUACGUGUAAUAAUGGCAGAGAGAAGG